AUGCCAUUUGUCGAAUUCUCUCCUACCCUUCGCGCUCACAUGCUGGAAACUGGAAACUCCGAGUCCUCCUUCGACUCCGGGCAUCGCCACACCCACCACUGGAGAGAUAGACUGGGUUCUAAGAUGAUGUCCACGAUCAAUGGCCGCGUCGUCGGUCCCGGCGCCGGAGUCGACCCCGUAACCGGCGGCGCGAGGAGGGUGGAGGAGGAGUUCUCCGUUCCGAUCCUCCUCGCCGAGCGGGUCCGCAAGGCCGUGGGCGAGGCCGAGUCCUUCAAGACCGAGUGCGCCGAGAUGGGCCGCCAGGCCGACCUCCUCGCCGACAUGCUCCGCGCUGCGGUCCGCCGCCUCUCCGCCAUCCCCAACCCGUACGAGCGACCCGCCCUCCGCAUCGCCGGCGAGGCCUCCAAGGGCCUCGACCGUGCCCUCUCCCUCGCCCGCCGCUGCCGGCGCUCUGGCGUCCUCUACCGCGUCGUUUCCAUCACCACCGGCUCCGCCGACUUCCGCAAGGCCCUCGCCCUCCUCGAAGCCUCGGUUGGCGACCUCCGCUGGCUCCUCUCCGUCUACUCCUCCUCCGACGACCCUUCCGACGGUGGUGGCGGCGGCGGCGGCCUCAUCCUCAGCCUGCCGCCCAUCGCCUCCACCGACCCCAUCCUAUCCUGGGUCUGGUCCUGCAUCGCCGCCGUCCAGAUGGACGCCCGCCCCUCCGAACGCGCCGAGGCCGCCGCCUCCCUCGCCAACCUCGCCCUCGACAGCGGCCGCAACAAGAAGAUCAUCAUCCAGGAGGGCGGCGUGCCGCCCCUCCUCGCCCUCCUCCGCGACGGCGCCGCCUCCCCCGACGGCCGGAUUGCCGCCGCCACCGCAAUCGUCAACCUCGCUGCCGACCGCGAGCUCGUCUCCCUGAUCCUCGCGGACCUCGCCGUCCCCGCCGUCGUCCAGGUCCUCGCCGACGCCCCGAUGCGCCUCCAGGCCAGCCUCGCCGCCCUCGUCGCCCGGAUGGCCGCCCACGACCCCGUCGCCCAGGAGGAGUUUGCCCAGGAGAACGCCAUCCGCCCGCUCGUCUCCCUCCUCUCCUUCGAGGUCCCGCUGGACGACGCCUGCCUCCCUUCCAAGAAGGCCACCAGCAUCCCCUCCCUCGUCCGGAUCAAUCGCGACGUCACGUCCUCCAGUUCCAAUUCCAAUCCGCCCGACGGCAAAGGCGUCUCGGCCUCUCGCGACCACCACCACGCCUACUGGUACCACCACCACCAUCGCCGCAGGGAGUGGGAGAAUGAAAGCCCAGAGGUGAAGCUCCAGCUUAAGGUUGCGUGCGCCGAGGCCCUGUGGAUGCUCUCCCGGAACUGCGUCUCCAACAGCCGCAAGAUCACCGAGACCAAGGGGCUGCUCUGCCUGUCCAUGCUCAUCGAGCGGGAGACCGGCGAGCUUCAGCUCAACUGCCUGAUGACCGUGACGGAGAUUGCCGCUGCCGCCGAGUCCGAUGCCGACCUCCGUCGCUCGGCUUUCAAGAUGAACUCCCUGGCUGCCAAGGCGGUCGUGGAUCAGCUCCUGAGAGUAGCGCAGGAGGGGAGCAGCCCACUGCUUCAGAUUCUGGCCAUUAGGUCUCUGGGCUCAUUGGCGCGGACUUUCCCAGCCCGGGAGACCCGGGUUCUGCAGCCGCUCGUGGUGCAGCUCGGACACUGGAAUCCAGACGUGGCCGCCGAGGCAGCCAUUUCACUGGGGAAGUUUGCCUCCCCUGAGAAUUUUCUCUGCGUCGAGCACUCCAAGGCUAUCAUGGAGUUCGACGGGGUGCCACGGCUGAUGAGACUGCUGCGGUCAGUUGAGAAGAUGCAGUUGCCGGGGCUGGUUCUGCUCUGUUACUUGGCAUUGCAUGUCCCCAGCAAUGAAGCUCUGGAACGUGCAAAGGCAUUGGGGACUCUCGAGUCAGUAAGCCGUAGUGCAGUGGCGAACCAUGCUUCUUUGAAAGAGUUGCUUCCCCAAGCCAUUUAUCAGCUCGAGCUUUACCGUGCCGGAGGGCAUACUUGCAUACAUAUGGAGCCAGAUUCACAGUGA